GCCUUACUACCGGUAUCCUUUGCCUGGCGCCAUUUCUGUGGCGUGAAGAGGCCCUGCGUGCGGCCUGCGAUCAUGGCGCUGUUCCCCGCCUUCGCCGGCGUUAGUGAGGCUCCCGAUAGCGGGAGCUCCAGGAAAGAACUAGACUGGCUGAGCAACCCAAGCUUUUGUGUUGGAACCAUAACAUCUCUGAGCCGACAAACUGAAGAGGCCACACCACUUAUUUCUCAAGGGACAGCACUAACAAGGAGUCCUUUGAAAUCAGAGCAUUCAGAUGAAAGUGACACUAACAGAAAGCCCACACAAACAAGCAGAAAGAAGAAGAAAGAGAAAAAAAAGAAAAGGAAGCAUCAGCACCACAAGAAAACCAAGAGAAAACGUGGGCAGUCAAGCAGCAGUGGAUCCGAGUCAGAUACUGAUUCUGAAAAGGACAAACCUUCCAGAAGCAUCAGAGAUGGAAACAAGGAAUCAGAGAAACCAAAUCAAGAAAAUAAUGCUGCUGCUGAUAAUGGACGUCGCUUUGUUUGGCUUGAGGACAUUCAGCCUCUGACAGGAGAAACCUUCAGGACAGACAAGAAACCAGACCCUGCAAACUGGGAGUAUAAGUCUCUUUACCGAGGAGAUAUAGCAAGAUACAAGAGGAAAGGAGACUCCUGCCUUGGCAUUAACCCUAAGAAGCAGUGUAUCUCUUGGGAGGGGACUUCCAUGGAAAAGAAGCGUUCACACAAGCACGUGGAGCGCUAUUUUACAAAGAAGAACGUGGGAUUAAUGAACAUUGAUGGAGUUGCCAUUAGCAGUAAAACUGAACUUCUGUCGUCGGAGCCAAUCUCGUUUAUCCCAGUGGAGAGCUCAGAGGAUGUGGUUUCUCCUGUUACAACUUGGUUGAACCCUCUGGGGAUUUAUGAUCAAGCCACCACGCAGUGGUUACAAGGACAGGGUCCUUCCGAGCAAGAAUCCCAGCAGCCAGACGCACAGCCCGACAGAGAGAGUGCGCUUCUGAAGGCCAAGGUGGAGGAGUUUAACAGGAAGGUUCGGGAGAACCCUCGGGAUAUUCAGCUGUGGAUGGCAUUUGUUGCUUUUCAGGAUGAGGUCAUGAAAAGUCCGGGCCUCUAUGCCAUCGAGGAAGGAGAGCAGGAGAAGCGGAAGCGGUCCCUGCGGCUGGUCCUGGAGAAGAAGCUGGCCAUUCUGGAGCGGGCCAUCGAGAGCAACCAGAGCAGCGUGGAGCUGAAACUCGCCAAGCUGAGGCUCUGCACUGAGUUCUGGGAACCCUCCACUCUGGUCAAAGAGUGGCAGAAGCUGAUAUUUUUACAUCCCAACAACACAGCCCUUUGGCAGAAAUACCUUCUCUUUUGCCAGAGUCAGUUCAGCACCUUCUCCAUCUCCAAAAUUCAGAGUCUUUACGGAAAAUGCUUGAGCACUUUGUCUGCUGUGAAGGACGGCAGCAUCUUAUCUCACCCUGAGCUGCCUGGCACCGAGGAGGCCAUGUUUGCCCUCUUUCUUCAGCAGUGCCACUUUCUGCGGCAGGCGGGGCAUUCCGAGAAGGCCAUCUCUCUGUUCCAGGCCAUGGUUGACUUCACGUUCUUCAAACCCGACAGUGUGAAGGACCUUCCCACCAAAGGACAGGUGGAAUUCUUUGAGCCCUUUUGGGACAGUGGAGAGCCCCGAGCUGGGGAGAAGGGCGCCCGCGGCUGGAGAGCCUGGAUGCACCAGCAGGAGCGGGGCGGCUGGGUGGUCAUCAGCCCAGAUGAUGAUGAUGAUGAUGAACCAGAAGAUGACGACCAGGAAAUUAAAGAUAAGACUCUGCCCAGGUGGCAGAUCUGGCUUGCUGCUGAGCGGUCCCGGGACCAGAGGCACUGGCGGCCGUGGCGCCCUGAUAAGACCAAGAAGCAGACGGAGGAAGACUGUGAGGAUCCAGAGAGACAGGUGUUGUUUGAUGAUAUUGGACAGUCUCUGAUCCGACUUUCCAGCCCGGAUCUUCAGUUUCAGCUGAUCUCGGCCUUUCUGCAGUUCUUGGGUGUGCCUUCUGGCUUUAGCCCUCCAGCCUCUUGCCUCUAUCUGGCCAUGGAUGAGAACAGCAUCUUUGAUAAUGGACUUUAUGAUGAAAGGCCCUUGACUUUCCUCAACCUUUCAUUUUCUGGCAUCAGCUGUGUCGGCCGCACGGACCAGUUAGGUUGCCGGCGCUGGACCAGGGGUCACCAUCGAGAGGGCGAGGAGUUCAUCCGCAACGUCUUCCACCUUGUGAUGCCUUUGUUUUCAGGCACGGAGAGGUCUCAGCUCUGCUUCUCCUGGUUACGAUACGAGAUCGCAAAGGUCAUUUGGUGUCUGCACACUAAAAACAAGAAGAGAUUAAAGUCACAAGGAAAGAACUGCAAAAAACUAGCCAAGAAUCUCCUUAAGGAGCCAGACAACCGCAACAAUUUUUGCCUCUGGAAGCAAUAUGCGCACCUGGAGUGGCUGCUCGGCAACACAGAAGAUGCCAGAAAAGUUUUCGAUACAGCACUCAGCAUAGCAGGGAGCAGAGAACUGAAGGACCACGAGCUCUGUGAGCUGAGUCUCCUCUAUGCUGAGCUGGAGGUGGAGCUGCUGCCUGACAUGAGAGGGGCCGCUACAGCCCGAGCUGUCCACAUACUGACCAGACUGACCGAGAACGGGCCCUACGGGCCUUACACGGGGCAGGUCUUGGCUGUUCACAUUUUGAAAGCUCGGAAGGCUUAUGAGCACGCGCUGCAGGACUGUUUGGGGGAGGGCUCUCUCUCCAAUCCAGCUCCCCCUGAUUCCUCCAACCGCCUGGUUAGCUUGGUUAAAUGCUUUAUGCUUUUCCAGUAUUUGACCACUGGGAUUGAUGCUGCUGUGCGGAUAUAUGAGCAGGUGUUUGCGAAACUCAAGGGUUCUGUGUCCUCAGAGGGCUGUGGCCUGGAGGGCAGCUCGAGCCCUCAGAGCCUGAGCGGUGUCCUUGAGGCUGCCGCCCUGAUGCACACAAGCCUGCUCAGAUUCCACAUGAAAGUCAGCGUCUACCCUCUGGCUCCUCUGCGAGAGGCUCUCUCGGAGGCUCUACAGUUGUAUCCUGGCAACCAGGUUCUUUGGAGGUCAUAUGUACAGAUUCAGAAUAAGUCCCACAGUGCCGGUAAGACCAGAAGAUUCUUCAACACAGUGACCAGGUCUGCCAAACCCUUGGAGCCAUGGUUGUUUGCAAUUGAAGCUGAGAGAAUGAGGAAAAGCCUGGUGGAAACCGUGCAGAGGGUGGACGGGAGAGAGGUCCAUGCCACCAUUCCCGAGACCGGCCUGACACACCGGCUCAGUGCCCUGUUUGAACAAGCAUUGCGGAGUGACCACGGCAGCCAGUGCCCCUUACUGUGGAGGAUGUAUUUGAAGUUUUUGGUUUCCUUAGGAAAUAAAGAAAGAAGCAAAGGUGUGUUCUACAAAGCCCUUCAGAAUUGCCCUUGGGCAAAGGUGUUGUACAUGGACGCCGUGGAGCACUUCCCUGAUGAGAUGCAGGAGAUCCUGGACCUGAUGACGGAGAAGGAGCUCCGGGUACGCCUGCCCCUGGAGGAACUGGAGCUUCUGCUUGAGGACUAGAACCUGGGGAGUGGGGAGCGAGCCGAGGGCUCAGCGCCCGCAUGCCAAGGAAUCAGAGGCUUCCGGAUGAACCAGAAGUGUGUUGAGACCUCCACCUGUGAAGCUUCUUGGUAUUUUGUGUCUGGGCUGUCAGCUUCUUAUCUCUGGCACAUUUUUUGCAUGUGCAGAUGACACAGAGGCUACUGUCUUACAUAUUAUAUAUGUGAAUAUGUGUACCUAUGUACACAGACAAGAGUCGUGCCAAGUGACAACUGAA